ACGUCAUAUUCAACAAUGAUUGGACAUCUGGGAGAAGUCAGAAGAGACUGUGAGACUAUGUGGAUUCGAUCGCUGACGAUCUCAAAAUCCUCGAAGGCCCCAGUAGACGGAGAAAAAGACCAGAGACGGCAACGAAUUGGAGAUGAAUCGGGCGGGUUGGACUCGGUUGACUUGGGAAACGUCGACGACGACACCGAUUCAUGGGGUGGAAUGGUUCCGGAGUUGCUUGGCGAGAUCAUACGGAGAAUGGAAGCAAGCGAGGAUCGGUGGCCGCAACGCCAAAAUGUCGUCGCUUGUGCCUGCGUUUGCAAGAAGUGGAGAGAGGUAACCAAGGAGAUCGCUAUGUCGCCUCUGAAUAGCCAUAAAAUCACUUUCCCUUCUAGCCUUAAACAGCCGGGUCCACGGGACUUUCCCUAUCAGUGUCUCAUUCGUCGGAACAAGAAGACAUCAACAUUUUACUUGUGUCUUGCCCACACUCCGUCGUUGACAGGCGAGGGAAAGUUCCUUCUAGCUGCACGAAGGUGUAGGCAUCUAGGUAGCAUUGAGUAUGUGAUAUCACUUGAUGUAGAUGACGUAUCGCAAGGAAGCAAUGCUUAUGUAGGAAAAUUAUGUUCAGAUUUUUCAGGUACCAAGUUUAGAAUCUAUGACAGCCAGCCUCCAAAUAAUGGUGCCAAGCCAUCAAGCAGUAGAGCUAGCCGCCGAUUUGCUCGCAAACAAAUAAGCCCCCAAGUUUCGGCAGGCAAUUUUGAGGUUGGACAAGUUUCUUACAAGUGCAACCUUUUAAAAUCAAGAGGUCCAAGGAGGAUGGUUUGUUCACUGAAUUGCCAUCAAUCAGCAGAAAGAGCCAGUGAUGAACUUCUGGAUAAUUCAAAGAUAAAGGAAGCACAGCCUACUUCUUCGCACACGAUCUUGAUGAACAAAGCUCCACGGUGGCAUGCGCAUUUGCAGUGCUGGUGCUUGAAUUUCCAUGGUCGAGUGACUGUAGCUUCUGUUAAGAACUUUCAACUGGUUGCGACGAUGGACCAGAGCCUGCCAGGAGGGAAAGGAGAUGGAGAAACUGUUCUCCUUCAGUUUGGGAAGGUGGACGAUGAUUUGUUCACCAUGGACUAUAGACAGCCCCUGUCAGCUUUUCUGGCAUUUGCUAUUUGCCUCACCAGCUUUGGUACAAAACUCGCUUGUGAGUAACUUAUUUUCUGUUUUAUAUAAGUUGAGGUGGAUACAUUGUACAUGGUAUUGUAUUUAAUGACAGAAUUUACCAGUCAUUUUAGUAUGAAAAUGUUUCAUUUCCUACAAUUGGUUUC